AUGAAGACAAUUACCACAUUAACCUACACUAUCUUCAAUCUUCUUAUCUUUUGUAAUGCAUGGAUAAGUGCAAGUGAAUGUCCUCCAAUGCACUGGUAUAAUUCAUCCAACCUAGAAGCCAUGAGGGUGAGGUUUGAAAGAUGGCUUAAACAAAAUGAUCAUUACAAAGAUAAAGAAGAAUGGGAGGUCCGUUUUGGCAUUUACCAAGCAAAUCUUGAGUAUAUAGAGUGCAAAAACUCCAAGAACUCCUACAAUCUCACUGACAACAAAUUUGCAGAUCUUACUAAUGAAGAGUUUGUUAGUCCUUAUCUGGGUUUUGGAACUAGGUUCCUUCCACAUACAGGAUUCAUGUAUCAUGAACAUGAGGAUCUUCCAGAGAGCAAGGAUUGGAGGAAGGAAGGAGCAGUAUCUGACAUCAAGGAUCAAGGCAAUUGUGGAAGUUGUUGGGCAUUUUCUGCAGUGGCUGCUGUGGAAGGAAUCAACAAAAUAAAAUCAGGGAAGCUGGUUUCUCUCUCUGAACAAGAAUUCAGAGACUGUGAUGUUGAAGAUGGAAACCAAGGCUGUGAAGGUGGCUUAAUGGACACAGCAUUUGCAUUCAUAAAAAAGAAUGGUGGUUUAACCACUUCCAAAGACUACCCUUAUGAAGGGGUAGAUGGCACAUGCAACAAGGAAAAAGCUUUACAUCAUGCAGCCAAUAUAAGUGGGCAUGUAAAAGUACCUGCUAAUGAUGAGGCUAUGCUCAAAGCUAAAGCUGCUGCUGCUAAUCACGAGUCAGUGGCAAUUGAUGCUGGAGGCCAUGCAUUUCAGCUUUAUUUAAAAGGUGUUUUCUCUGGCAUUUGUGGAAAGCAACUCAAUCAUGGUGUGACUAUAGUAGGGUACGGCAAAGGAACUUCUGAUAAGUAUUGGAUUGUGAAGAACUCAUGGGGUGCUGACUGGGGUGAAUCUGGUUAUAUUAGGAUGAAACGUGAUGCUUUUGAUAAAGCUGGUACUUGUGGCAUUGCCAUGCAAGCUAGUUACCCUCUCAAGGAUUAAGUAGUCCAGUGCUGUGGUUGUAGAAUUAAAAUUGUCAC